AUGAAGGCGUCCGCUACUUAUGAACGUAGGAGGAUCUCACAAGCCGGUGGUAAUGUCUCAGACGGCCGCGUGGCUGGAGUGUUGGAGCCCAGUCGUACUAUUGGCGAUUUUGAUGUUAAGAUGAAGAUCCCUCCUGACGUGAUUAGCAUCACACCAGAGGUGCGAUGUGUAGAUUUACUAAGUACAGGUAGAGGGGGAAGUGAGGAGACGCGAGAGUAUGGCGGCUUUGGGUUGAUAAUGAGCGCAACGGACGCACGUCAGGCUGGCUCAGUUGAUGAUUGUACCUGUCAAGUGGCCUUGGUGUAUGCACCACCUGGUGAAGGGGAAGCGAAGAGCAGUGCGAGAGAAGCAUGUGUUCAGUCUUCACCGUAUUGUGGUGAGGAUAAGGAAAACUCUGUGGAGAUGCAGAGUGGGGGGAAACGGCGUCGUAGACGCAAAAGGAAGCGCAAGAAGCGUGGUAGCAGCGCGGUUGAAGAAAUGCACGAAGCGGUGGUGACCGUAGAUAAUGGGAAUAACGAUGAGGUCAUCAGCCUGGCCUCGGACUUUGGCGUGGAAAUGGAGGAGAUAGUCACCUUACCAGUAGUAGAGGAGGAAGAGGAGAACCUCACGUUGUGGCGAGAUAAGGAGAACUCUGUGGAGAUGCAGAGUGGGGGAAAACGACGUCGUAGACGCAAAAGGAAGCGUAAGAAGCGUGGUAGUAGUGCAGUUGAAGAAAUGCACGAACCGGUGGUGACUGUAGAUAGUGGGAAUAAUGAUGAGGUCAUCAGCUUGGCCUCGGAUUUCGGUGUGGAAAUGGAGGAGAUAGUCAGCUUACCAGUAGUAGAGGAGGAGGAGGAGAACCUUACGUUGUGGCGGGUGAAGCAAUGGGCCACGGAAAUGGUAUCAUCAGAGGAGACAGAGUCGUCAUGUUCGGAUGAUGAUGAUGAUGAGUGUACACCAAAAUGGGGAGCAGGGCCGGCGAAUGGUAGUAUGUUGGAGUUUCUGUGGGGGGAAGUGGAGGGGAGGAGCAGCACGGGAUGUUUCUCAUCUGAGCUGAGCGGGUCGAGAUGCACUGAAUGCCGGUCGUUUGCACGGAGGGAAACUUCGAGAUGGUGUGGUACAACUUCGGGAGAUGGCCCCAUAGUUCUCUGUGGAGCGAAAAAAGAAGAAAAAGUAAAAGAAUGCCAGAGACGUGCGGAGAGGGCUGGAAAGGUGGGAAGUUGA